AUGCCGAUCCCGGACUUUGCCAACGAGGCCAUAUUCCCGGCCUUCGACGGCCUCCCCAUCGAGGAUGCCGGCGCCGCCGAGCCGCCCUCGUACGCCGCGUCCUCCGCGCCCCCGUCUUACGUGCCGCCCCCGCCGCCGGAUCCGCCGUCAUACUCGGACUCGCAGUCCGGCUCCGGGUCCGCCGCCGCGACGUCACUCACCCUAACGGACACGUCCGCCACGUCUUCCGCCGUAACGCCCAAGCCGUCGUCCCAUGACGUGCUGGAGGAAUGGUUCCUCGUCGCCGAGGUGAAGCAAAACAUGACUAUCACGAAGCCGACGCUGGUGGUGGUGGACCGCGGCGGGACCGAGUUCGCCGUGACCUUUGAAGACCGCGGCAUCGACCUCCCGGCCGGUGCGGCAGGGGUGGACGAUCGUUGUGCCGAGGGCGGUGCGGACGGCGCCCAAGGGAGGCAAGAGGGGGUUCGUGAGGGUGCCGGAGGGGCGGGGUACGGGAGUCAAGUAUGUCCCCGGUGGGCUGGAGAAGAUCGGGGAGGUCGGGGCGAGGGCCAGAGGGGGCGAGGACGGGGCAAAGGGGCUCCAGGGCCGGUGCGCGGGCUGCGGGAAGGGGGAGGGGGCGGACGGGGGCGCUCUCAAGAGCUGUACUGCGUGCGGAGUUGCGCGGUACUGUGGCAAGAAGGAGGACUGGAAAACGCACAAGAGCGACUGUAA